AUGAACCGGGCCAAGGCCGCCGCGGUCCGGAGGCCCAGCGCCGCCGCCAAGCCUUCAGGACACCCUCCGCCGGGUGACUUCAUUGCCCUGGGCUCCAAGGGACAGGCCAGUGAGUCCAAAACGCCCUCCACCCUGCUGAAGCCGGCCCCUCCUGGCCUGCCCUCCGAACGCAAGCGGGACGCCACGGCGGCGCUGGCCGGUGCCUCUGCGCUCACCGGCCUCACCAAGCGCCCCAAACUCUCCUCCACGCCCCCACUGAGUGCCCUGGGACGCCUGGCCGAGGCCGCGGUAGCAGAGAAGCGAGCGAUUUCUCCCUCAAUUAAGGAACCGUCCGUGGUACCCAUCGAAGUCCUGCCCACGGUGCUGCUGGACGAGAUCGAGGCGGCUGAGCUAGAGGGUAACGACGACCGCAUCGAGGGUGUGUUGUGCGGGGCAGCCAAGCAGCUGCGGCUCACGCGGGCCAAGCCUGACAGCACGCUCUACCUGAGCCUCAUGUACCUGGCCAAGAUCAAGCCCAAUAUCUUUGCCACGGAGGGUGUCAUUGAGGCCCUGUGCAGCCUCCUGCGGCGAGAUGCCUCUAUCAACUUCAAGGCCAAGGGGAACAGUCUGGUCUCCGUGCUGGCCUGCAACCUCCUCAUGGCUGCCUAUGAAGAGGACGAGAACUGGCCCGAGAUCUUCGUCAAGGUGUACAUAGAGGACUCACUGGGCGAGCGCAUUUGGGUGGACAGCCAGCACUGCAAGACCUUUGUGGACAACAUCCAGACGGCCUUCAACACCAGGAUGCCCCCCAAGAGCGUGCUGCUGCAGGGCGAGGCAGGGCGCAGUGCAGGGGAUCUGAGCGCUGGGAACAGCCCGCACCCCUCCAUGACCGAGGAGGAGGACAGCCAGACAGAGCUGCUGAUCGCGGAGGAGAAGCUGAGUCCCGAGCAGGAGGGCCAGCUCAUGCCCAGGUAUGAUGAGCUCGCGGAGAGCGUGGAGGAGUAUGUGCUGGACGUGCUGCGGGACCAGCUCACGCGCCGCCAGCCCAUUGACAAUGUUUCCCGCAACCUGCUACGGCUGCUCACCUCCACCUGUGGCUACAAGGAGGUGCGGCUCAUGACUGUGCAGAAGCUGGAGAUGUGGCUGCAGAACCCCAAGCUGACCCGGCCGGCCCAGGACCUGCUGAUGUCUGUGUGCAUGAACUGUAACACCCAUGGGGCCGAGGACGUGGACGUCAUCUCCCAUCUGAUCAAGAUCCGCCUCAAGCCCAAAGUACUGCUCAAUCACUACAUGCUGUGUGUCAGGGAGCUGCUCAACGCCCACAAGGACAAUCUGGGCACCACCAUCAAGUUUGUGGUCUUCAAUGAGCUGUCCAAUGCCCGGAACCCUAACAACAUGCAGAUCCUGUACACCGUGCUGCAGCACAGCGCCGAGCUGGCUCCCAAGUUCCUGGCCAUGGUGUUCCAGGACCUGCUGACCAACAAGGAUGACUACUUGCGGGCGUCGCGGGCCCUGCUGCGUGAGAUCAUCAAGCAGACCAAGCACGAGAUCAACUUUCAGGCGCUGUGCCUGGGCCUCAUGCAGGAGCGGAAGGAGCCCCCGCACCUGGACAUGGAGUUCAAGGAACGCUUUGUGAUCCAUGUGACAGACCUGCUGGCUGUGUCCAUGAUGCUGGGCAUCACGGCCCAGGUGAAGGAGGCCGGGAUGGCCUGGGACAAGGGCGAAAAGAGGAACCUCGAGGUGCUCCGUGCCUUCCAGAACCAGAUCGCGGCCAUCCAGCGGGACGCCGUGUGGUGGCUGCACACCGUGGUGCCCUCCAUCAGCAAGCUGGCCUCCAAGGACUACGUGCACUGCCUCCACAAGGUGCUUUUCACGGAGCAGCCAGAGACCUACUACAAGUGGGACAAUUGGCCCCCUGAGAGUGACCGCAACUUCUUCCUGCGCCUGUGCUCGGAAGUGCCCAUCCUGGAGGACACGCUCAUGCGUAUCCUGGUCAUUGGGCUGUCCCGGGAGCUCCCACUCGGCCCCGCAGACGCCAUGGAGCUCGCCGACCACCUGGUGAAGCGUGCAGCCGCCGUGCAGGCUGACGACGUGGAAGUGCUGAAGGUGGAGAGGGUCCAGCUCAUUGAUGCUGUCCUGAACCUGUGUACCUAUCACCACCCCGAGAACAUCCAGCUGCCUCCCGGGUAUCAGCCCCCAAACCUUGCCAUCUCCACCCUGUACUGGAAGGCCUGGCCGCUCCUUCUGGUUGUUGCUGCCUUCAACCCCGAGAACAUCGGUCUAGCUGCCUGGGAGGAGUACCCCACUCUGAAAAUGCUGAUGGAGAUGGUGAUGACCAACAACUACUCGUACCCGCCAUGCACUCUGACAGAUGAGGAGACGCGCGCUGAGGUCAUCAGCCGGGAGCUGCACAUCUCCCAGCGGGAGAAGCAGGACAUCCUGGCCUUUGAGGGCCACCUGGCGGCCGCCUCCACCAAACAGACCAUCACCGAGAGCAGCAGCCUCCUCUUGUCGCAGCUCACCAGCCUGGACCCCCAAGGCCCCCCCCGCAGGCCCCCCGCUCACAUCCUGGAGCAAGUGAAAGCCCUCAACCAGUCCCUGAGGCUCGGGCACCUGCUGUGUCGCAGCCGCAGCCCCGACUUCCUGCUCAACAUCAUCCAAAGGCAGGCCUCAUCGCAGUCCAUGCCCUGGCUGGCCGACCUGGUGCAGUCCAGCGAAGGCUCCCUGGACGUGCUGCCGGUGCAGUGCCUGUGUGAGUUCCUGCUGCAUGACGCUGCCGCUGCUGAGGCCACUGCUGCCGAGGCCUCUGGAGAGGAUGAGGGGGACGGUGAGAGCAAGGAACAGAAGGCCCGCAAGCGGCAGAGACAGCAGAAGCAGCGGCAGCUGCUGGGACGCCUGCAGGACCUGCUGCUGGGCCCCAAGGCGGACGAGCAGACCACCUGCGAGGUGCUGGACUACUUCCUGCGGCGACUCAGCUCUUCCCAGCUGGCCUCCAGGGUACUCGCCACCAAGGGCUUGUCACUGGUGCUGUCUGACGGCAGCCUGCGUGAGGGCGAGGAGAAGGAGCUGCCUGCAGAGGAGGACGGGGAGCCUGAGAUGCUGCAGGGCUACCAGUGGCUGCUGCGGGACCUGCCGCGCCUGCCUCUCUUCCACAGCGUCCGGAGCACCACUGCGCUGGCUCUGCAGCAGGCUAUCCAUACAGAGACCGACCCGCAGACCAUCAGCGCCUACCUGGUGUACCUGUCUCAGCACACACCGCUGGAGGAGCAGGGCCAGCACAAUGACCUGGCCCUGGACGUGGCCCGCCUGAUUGUGGAGCGCUCCACCAUCAUGGCCCACCUCUUCUCGAAACUGGCCCGCAGCACUGAGUCUGACGCGGUGCUCGUCGCCCUGCUGUCCAUCUUCUCCCGCUAUGUGCAGCGCAUGCGCAAAAGCAAGGAGGGCGAGGAGGGCUACAGCUGGUCAGAGUCCCAGGACCAGGUGUUCCUGCGCUGGACGAGUGGGGAGACAGCCACCAUGCACAUCCUGGUGGUGCACGCCAUGGUCAUCCUGCUGACCCUGGGCCCGCCCCGCGCUGGUGACAGUGAGUUCCAUGCUCUUCUUGACAUCUGGUUUCCUGAAAAGAAACCCCUUCCCACUGCGUUCUUGGUGGACACGUCCGAAGAGGCUCUCCUCCUGCCCGACUGGUUGAAACUGCGCAUGAUCCGCUCCGAGGUGCCCCGCCUGGUGGAUGCCGCCUUGCAGGACCUGGAGCCCCAGCAGCUGCUGCUGUUUGUGCAGUCCUUCGGCAUCCCCGUGUCCAGCAUGAGCAAACUGCUGCAGUACCUGGACCAGGCCGUGGCCCACGACCCCCAGACGCUGGAACAGAACAUCAUGGACAAGAACUACAUGGCCCACCUGGUUGAAGUCCAGCACGAGAGAGGAGCCUCCGGCGGCCAGACCUUCCACUCCCUGCUCACGGCCUCCCUGCCCCCCCGACGAGAUAGCACAGACGCCCCUAAACCAAAGAGCAGCCCUGAGCCCCCAGCGGGCCAGGGGAGGAUCCGGGCGGGCACUCAGGUCCGGGCGAUUGGACCUGAGGAUGAUCUGGCCAGCCUCUUCCUGCAGAUCUUCCCACUGAGCCCUGACCCCCGGUGGCAGAACUCGAACCCCCGUCCCCUGGCCCUGGCCCUGCAGCAGGCCCUGGGACAGGAGCUGGCGCGUGUGCGACAGGGAGACCCUGCUGUGGCCGGUACUGCUGUCCGCGUCCUGCAGGCGCUGGCCACCCUGCUCAACUCGCCGCACGGGGGCGCCCUUGUGAUGGCCAUGCACCACAGCCACUUCCUGGCCUGCCCACUGCUGCGUCUGCUCCACCAGUACCAGCGCCAGGUGCCCCAGGACUCCAGCUUCUCGUCACUCCUGCUCAAGGUGCUCACGCAGAUGCUGCAGUGGCUCGAGGGCCGCGCUGUGGAGCCUGGGCCCCUGCUGGCCCAGCUCCGACUCUUGGCCGGCCGGUACCCAGCCCAGCACAGGGCUGGUGACGUCCGGACUGGGCUUUUGCACUUGGCGGAUGCCCUGUCCUGCCGACAGGACUCGGAGACAGUGGUCUCUAUGGUGCGAGCCGUCACAGCCACCCUCAGGUCUGGGGAGGAGUGCAGCUUGGAGCCGGAGCUGGUUGGCAAAGUCCUCAGGGGUCUUAUGGAGGUGCACUCCCCCCACCUGGAGGAGCUGCUGGCUGCACUCUUCACCGCCCCUCUGAACCCCGUGUCUGUGUGCGCCACCUCCAGGCCGGUGGCCGUGGUCAGCUCCCUCCUGCUGCAGGAGGAGGAGCCUGCGGCACCAGGCACGCCAACCCUGGACGGCUGCAGCCCAGAGACAGUGCGCCUGGGACCCUGCUCAGGGCUGCUCGUUGACUGGCUGGAGAUGCUGGACCCUGAGGUGGUCGGCAGCUGCCCGGACCUGCAACUGAGGCUCCUGUUCUCCCGGAACCAGGGCAAAGGCCAUGCUGGCCCCCAGGCACUGUCCUUCCGGCCCUACCUCCUGGCACUGCUCACCCACCAGUCCAACUGGGCCACACUGCACCGCUGUGUCCACACACUCCUGGGGAGGAGCCGCGAGCACAGGCUUGACCCCUCAGCCUCUCUGGAUUUCCUCUGGGCCUGCAUCCACAUUCCACGUAUCUGGCAGGGCCGGGACCAGCGCACGCCUCAGAAACGGCGGGAGGAGCUGGUGCUGCGUGUGCGGGCCCCUGAGCUCAUCAGUCUGGUGGACCUAAUCCUGGCGGAGCCGGAAGCGCGCAGCCUGGAGGCCGACGAAGCCUCCUGCAGCCUCAUCCAGGCCCGGCUGCCCCUGCUGCUCAGCUGUUGCCACGGAGUGGACGAGGGCGUCCAGAAGGUGACGGAGCACCUGACCAGCCGUGUCCAGCAGUGGGGGGACAGCGUGGUGGGCAGACGCUGCCGAGAGCUACUUGUGCAGAUGUACCUGCAGCGGCCGGAGCUGCGGGGCCCGGUGCCUGAGGUCCUGCUGCAUGGCCAGGGGGCCCCUGGCAGCAGUGUCUGCAAGCUGGACGGCCUCACCCACCGCUUCAUCACCCUACUGGCGGACACCAGUGACUCCCGCUCGUCUGAGAGCCGCGUGGCGGAUGCCAACAUGGUGUGUCGGAAGCUGGCAGUGGCUCACCCCGUCCUCCUGCUCAGGCAUCUGCCCAUGCUGGCCGCUCUGCUGCACGGGCGCACGCACCUCAACUUCCAGGAGUUCCGCCAGCAGAACCACCUGACCUUCUUCCUGCACGUGCUGGGCGUGCUGGAGCUGCUGCAGCCGCUCGUGUUCCGCAGCGAGCACCAGGGGGCGCUGUGGGACUGCCUGCUGUCCUUCGUGCGGCUGCUGCUGAACUACCGCAAGUCCUCCCGGCACCUGGCUCCCUUCAUCAGCAAGUUCGUGCAGCUGGUCCACAAGUACAUCACCUGUAAUGCCCCGGCGGCCGUGGCCUUUCUACAGAAACAUGCCGACACCCUCCAUGACCUGUCCUCCGACAACAGUGACCUAGUGAUGCUCAAGUCCCUCCUGGCAGGGCUGAGCCUGCCCAGCAGCAGCACUGUCACUGACCACAGCCUGGACGAGGAGGGCGAGGACGACGGCCCAGCUGGCUCCCUGCCCUUGGUCAGCGUCUCCCUUUUCACGCCCCUGACUGCUGCCGAGAUGGCUCCUUACAUGAAGAGGUUGUCCCGAGGCCAAACUGUCGAAGAUCUGCUGGAGGUGCUGAGUGACCUGGAGGAGGUGUCCUGGCGCAGGCCUGAGGUCCUGGGCUUCUUCUCGACCAACCUGCAGCGUCUGAUGAGCUCGGCUGAGGAGCCUUGCCGCAACCUGGCCUUCAGCCUGGCCCUGCGUUCCAUCCAGAACAACCCCAGCAUUGCAGCUGACUUUCUGCCCACCUUCAUGUAUUGCCUGGGGAGUCGUGACCUGGAGGUGGUGCAGACGGCCCUCCGGAACCUACCCGAGUACACCCUGCUCUGCCAAGAGCAUGCAGUCGUGCUGCUGCACCGCGCCUUCCUGGUGGGCAUGUACGGCCAGGUGGACACCAGCACCCAGAUCUCCGAGGCCCUGCGGGCCCUGCACAUGGAGGCCGUCAUGUGA